GCCACCGCCCCGCGCAUGCGCCCGCCGCCGCCCCGCCUGCCCGGCGGUGUCGUCCCUCAGCGCGGCGGUGUCGCCAUGGAUGGGGCCCGGGGGUUUUUGCUGGUCCUGCUGCUGCCGCCGCUGGCAGCCGGGACCCCUGCGAUCCCGCUAGGCACCCCGCCCGGUACCGCUGACACCCCCGGCACCGCGCCCGCCACCACCCCCGGCACCCCCCUCGGUACCAACGGCUUCUCCCGCCCCUCCGGCGGCGGCAGGUCUGUGAGCCGAGUGUGUGUGGAACACUCGCUGGUGUUUAGGAGUAACACCCCGUACCCCACUGAUACCAUUGCUGUCCCUGGUGGGCAUGAUCUCUUCUGUGUGCAGCUGGAUGAUUCAAAGCUAAACUAUUUCCGACAGCCACAGGACAUCAAAGAAUCUCAUUUUUUGAAGUUCUUAGAGAAAUAUGGCAGACACUCUUUCUUAGCACCAUCACAAGUCCAGCCAUCAGUCUCUGCCUUUUACCGGGCUGGUGAUCCAAUUCUAAUCUACUUUAAUUCAUCAUCUGUACUGAGCACGCUGAGACAGCCGGUAAAAAUGGGAGCUAGUGGACUUUGCGUUGAUGGAAAUCCUGCUGGCUUUCUGGACAGCAAAAGCACAAGCUGUACUCGGAUUUUUGCCAACUUGAGCAAGAGCUGCUCUACUGACCCUGCCCUAGAUGCUGCCUCCUACUACCGUGACUUCACUGUGCUAAAGGUCCCAGUCAAUGACAUCAUUGUGCAGUCCAUGCAGGUGAAGGUCAGUGCAGUUGCACCACCUGGAGCUCCCCACAUGGAACACAAUACAUGUAUCAAUGUUGUUUCUGAGGUGAUAUAUGAGAUAGAAUUCAGUGGCACACGUGGGAUUCAGAGUGUUUCUGUCCGGUUCAAAGUGAGCAACGUCUCUGGGAACUCAGGAUCCUCUUUGCAGCAGCACUUUACUUUGCACUUCUGGACCAGGACUCUUUCUCAUACAUUGCCCAGAAGUGGAAACCCUGGCUAUAUCACUGGAGCACCACUGCUGAUUGCAAACAGUGGUGCCAUGCAGCAUAUGAACAUUUUACAGAGUGAAGGUGAUGGAAGUUGCUCACAGUUCCUCAGACACACAGCACAGUUUGCAAGGAAUAUGAGGACAGGCUGCAAGCUCAGCCUGUCCCCAAUACUGGAAGAAAGUAACUGUAGUUAUAUCCAGCAGAAGUUAUACAGGGCUCUGCAGGGGAUGGACAGAGCAGAGGACCUUGCUGUAAUUGGCAGUGCUCAUUCAACCCAGGCAGAAGAGUGGACAGCCAUUCUGAUUCGGGACUGCAGUGUGCAGGCUGUGAAUUGCACUUCCUGUUGCAUGGUUCCUGUGACCCUGGAGAUACAGAUAUUGUGGACUAAGGUGGGCCUCCUGUCCAACCCACAAGCUCAAAUCCUGGGUGCACGGUACUUUUAUCAGUGUCGCCCCCUGAAGUUCCCCAGCACAAGCAUGGUACCUUUGACAACUGGCCUGACCUUCACUGACAUGACGGAAUGGCCAGAACCUCCACGAGGCCAGCCCCAAAUACACUGGAAACUCCCAUUUGACAUUUUUUUCCCGUUCAAGGUGGCACUGAAUUUGGAAAGAAGUUAUAGAGAUGAUCUCGCUGGCUAUUUCUUUUUUAUUCUAAUAAUCUCUAGUAUUCUCUGCUUUUGAAAAGUCCUAUAGACAGUGCCUGUACUUAAAGUUCAGCAGGUGAAUUGAUACAUUCAGAAUAUGAUCUAAAUCAUAGACUUUUCUCCUCAGGUUCCCAUACUGUGCUUGUGAUAUCUACGUACCUUUUGAUCUAGGAUUAAGCCACAUGACGUAGCUUCUGUCCUGUGUUCUUUAAUGCCCCUAUUCUCUGUGCAUCAUCUGCAAACCUUGCUGCAGUAAAACACUUGAGAGAUGGAGGGAUCACGAGUCAUUGCAUUAAUGAGGAACAAGGAGGAGGAUGUUAAAAUGAACACUCCAUGUUCCCAGAAACCAAAAGUGCUUUCUAAACCAAGGACUAUGGAGCAGCAAAGUUCAGUCCAAGCAUUUUGGAGCUGCGUUCAGUCAUCUUCCUGUUGGAGAAGCACCUGAUUUUUCUACAUGCAACUAACUGAAAUUUGAAAUACAGGAGCAUUCCAGGCGACCUGAAUUAUUAUUUUAUGAGUAGACAUGUUUGCCAGUCACCUUUAACAUGUCCUUGCUACAUGACAACCAUGCCCCUGUGACAGUUUUUGACUCUGAUUUUUCUAUGCCUUUUCAAAUACUGAUACUCAAUUGAAAUGUGUUUUAAUAUCUGUUUACAUUAGCAAGUGUUACACAAAGCAAUUUGAAUGUCCCAUCCUCUGAAAUAUAAUUUCAGUUGUUUCUCAAGACAGCCUCCUCCUUGAUCUUUUUUUUUUUUAUUUCUUGAAGGAACAGGCCCAAAUAUGUUUUUUUCCUAGAAACAUUCUCUUGUGGCUCCAGAUAGGAACUAGACUGAUAACGAUAGCCACUGAAAUUCUAGGCAGCACAUAAAAGAGAGUUGUGAACAGUCCUAAAGAAAAAAAAAAAAUCAAUUAUUUUAGGAAGAAUUUGUAGAUGUAUUAUAAAACUGAAGCUUACUGCACUACCUUACCUCUGGCUCAGUCUCUGGGACCAGAAUGUAAGCUUAGUAUUUGAAGUUGGAGGUGAUCUCCUGAUUAUGUGGCCUGCCCCAGUACAUCACACAGGUUAAGGAAAUCUGCUCAAUCAUUCCAUGAAGUUGUUGGAUGACAGCCUAUUUUUUAUAGCCAAGGAUUUAAUAAUAAAUAAUUAAUAAAUAAUAUCUUGAAUUCUGAUGAUGAUGGAAAAAUCUGCCCCGUUAAAGUCAAGUACUCCAGUAGAAUCAAUAAUGGGCAAGAAAACCAAAGAAAUCUUGCUUACCUUUAAUAAAAUGUAUGUGUUGCUUUUGUAUGAAUACUGUAUAUAGCAACUUUAUUGCUCUUCCUCAUUACAAACUUAAACAGAAGAGUGCAAAAAUAAACUGAAAAUCUUGUAAUUAGUCAAGAUAUCAAAGGAGAGAACCUUAAUAAACCAAAACCACACCCUAUCUAAAA